CGGGGGCGGCUGCUGCGCCUCCCUCCCCCGCACACGCCGGGGCUUCUCAGUGGCCGCCGGAGGAGGAAGUUCCGCUCCCUGACAGACCCGCGCGGUAGCAACAGCGGCGGCGGCCGCGGCGGCUUGCGGGGCUCCGGUGUGUGGGACGCGACUGCCCUUCGCGCCAGCCGUCGAGUGGGCAGCGUCGGAGCUCCCUGCCCGAGCCUGCCGGGCGGCCGAGAACUCCUUCCUGCUACUUCCCCCAGCACCGCCGCUUCAGCUGCCCGGCGAGGUGGGAGACCUUCCUGCCUGUGUGCAGACUUCCGUGGAGACCCUUAUUUUUCCACUUCUGAGGAUAAAAGAUUCUGGAAUAGAAGAGUAAGAGGAGAUUAACCGUCUACAACUCCUUGGAUCUCACCAGGCUCCCUUUUGGGGCGGAAGACCACAUUUGAGCAUCGCACUGAGAUGCAGGAAUGGAAGAACCCACCUUGCAGCUUCUCUGCAGUGUGGCUUGCCUGAUUUGCCCCUAGGAAUGAAGAGGGGACUUGUAAUAACCCAAUGAGGCACUGAAAGCCAAAUGGCAAAGAAGAUAUCACAGGACAGACUAGUUAUCGUUUGGGAGGAACACACCCGUUUCUGAGUGUAAUUGGACGAGCGUGGAAGAAGUGUCCUCUUAAAAAGCACAACAAUCCUUUAAGAGGAGAGAAAUUGAGUUUCCCUAUUUUUGCCAAGAUUUUGAAGACAAUUCAAUGUAUUGUUCAUUUGAUGUAAGAUGAGAACUUUAUAAAGUAUUCUGCCCAAGAGCGUAAAGGAUGACUACCCCAGCCCUGCUGCCCCUCUCUGGACGUAGGAUACCACCUCUGAACCUGGGUCCGCCCUCCUUCCCACAUCACAGGGCUACCUUGAGACUUUCUGAGAAGUUUAUCCUUCUCCUUAUUCUUAGUGCCUUCAUCACCUUGUGUUUUGGGGCAUUCUUUUUCCUUCCAGACUCUUCAAAACACAAACGCUUUGAUCUGGGUUUAGAAGAUGUGUUAAUUCCUCAUGUAGAUGCUAAAGGGGCUAAAAACUCUGGAGUCUUCCUGAUCCAUGGACCCGAUGAACACAGACACAGGGAAGAAGAAGAACGUCUGAGAAAUAAAAUUCGAGCUGAUCAUGAGAAGGCCCUGGAAGAAGCAAAAGAAAAAUUAAGAAAGUCAAGAGAGGAAAUUCGAGCAGAAAUUCAGACAGAGAAAAAUAAGGUAGUCCAAGAAAUGAAGACCAAAGAGAAGAAGCCACUGCCACCAGUCCCUAUUCCAAACCUUGUAGGAAUAAAUGGUGGAGACCCAGAAGAUGAUGACAUAAGAGAGAAAAGGGAAAAAAUUAAAGAGAUGAUGAAACAUGCCUGGGAUAAUUAUAGGACAUAUGGGUGGGGACAUAAUGAACUCAGACCUAUUGCAAGGAAAGGACACUCCACUAACAUAUUUGGAAGUUCACAAAUGGGUGCUACCAUAGUAGAUGCUUUGGAUACCCUUUAUAUCAUGGGACUUCAUGCUGAAUUUCUGGAUGGGCAAAGAUGGAUUGAAGACAACCUUGAUUUCAGUGUGAAUUCAGAGGUAUCUGUGUUUGAAGUCAACAUUCGAUUUAUUGGAGGCCUACUUGCAGCAUAUUACCUUUCAGGAGAGGAGAUAUUCAAGAUUAAAGCUGUGCAAUUGGCUGAGAAACUCCUUCCUGCCUUUAACACACCUACUGGGAUUCCCUGGGCAAUGGUGAAUCUGAAAAGUGGAGUAGGCCGAAACUGGGGCUGGGCAUCUGCAGGUAGCAGCAUUCUGGCUGAAUUCGGUACACUGCAUAUGGAGUUUGUCCACCUCAGCUACUUGACAGGGGACCUGGUUUACUACAAAAAGGUCAUGCAUAUUCGGAAACUACUUAAGAAAAUGGAUCGUCCAAAUGGUCUUUAUCCAAAUUAUUUGAAUCCAAGAACAGGGCGCUGGGGUCAGUAUCAUACAUCAGUCGGUGGUCUGGGCGACAGUUUUUAUGAAUACUUACUGAAAGCAUGGUUGAUGUCAGAUAAAACAGACCAUGAGGCAAGAAGGAUGUAUGAUGAUGCUAUUGAGGCUAUAGAAAAACAUCUUAUUAAGAAGUCCCGUGGAGGUCUUGUCUUUAUUGGAGAAUGGAAGAAUGGGCACUUGGAAAAGAAGAUGGGUCAUUUGGCCUGCUUUGCUGGGGGAAUGUUUGCACUAGGAGCAGAUGGUUCCAGAAUGGAUAAAGCUGGUCAUUAUUUAGAGCUAGGAGCGGAAAUUGCACGUACAUGUCAUGAGUCAUAUGACAGAACUGCAUUAAAACUAGGUCCUGAAUCAUUCAAGUUUGAUGGUGCAAUGGAGGCUGUGGCUGUCCGGCAGGCUGAAAAAUAUUACAUCCUCCGUCCAGAAGUAAUUGAAACCUAUUGGUACCUAUGGCGAUUCACUCAUGAUCCAAGAUACAGGCAGUGGGGCUGGGAAGCAGCACUGGCCAUUGAAAAGUAUUGCCGAGUCAGUGGCGGAUUUUCUGGGGUCAAGGAUGUAUAUUCCUCUUUUCCUACACAUGAUGAUGUACAGCAAAGCUUCUUUCUUGCUGAAACAUUAAAAUAUUUGUAUCUGCUGUUCUCUGGUGAUGACCUUUUACCUUUAGACCAUUGGGUGUUUAAUACAGAGGCUCACCCUCUGCCUGUGUUACAUUUAGCCAACACCACACUUUCAGGUAAUCCUGCUGUUCGAUGAAGGCAGCUCCAGAAGGACGAUUCUCACCUGUGUUUUGUUUACAUGGACCACUAUAGAAUUAGUCUGGAGAGGCAGCUUUUGAAAACCUGGACCUCUAAGUCAACAUGGCAGGGUGAAACUAUUCCCCAAAAGACUUUUCAACUUGUAGAUAUAUCAACUUUGAAAUUAUUCCAUUUUAUACCCGACCAAAACAUGUUCUGGUAUGUGCUUUGAUUCUUAAUGAGGUGGUCAUGUGGAAAAUGAUUCCUAUUACAACUGUAUUGUUUUUAAAGUCUUGGAGGCUAGACUUCCUAAGAGCAAGCCAAGAAUAUAGAGCACCUUGCAAGAAUAAAGAUGGCCUUUGGAACCAGUUAUGUAUUUGUUUCCUCCUACAGUGGAGCAGCUUUCAAAUCAAAUAUUUACACAUUGUUUAUCCCUUUUUUCUUCAUUCUAAUAAUGGAAUGAACUAAAAUAAAUAAGAACAAAAGAAUAGUAUGACUGCAUCAGUGACAAGAAGACUUGAAAAAGGAACAGAAGUACCUGUCCCUGUCUGAAUUUUCAGGUUCCCCAUUGGAUGACCAGACUGGCAACCAUUUCAAAUACCAAUCUAUUUCAUUGAAAUUUCUUGGUUAAAUUUAAUUUUCUCUGGGGGCAUGAUCUCACAAAGAAUAUUCUUCAAGUCUUUGUCUCCAUAUGGAAUCACUGAAACUGCUAUUUAUCAUAACCACUACUUAUGAGCCUGGGUUUGGGAUUUUGUGCAUGUAGUGCAGUCUCAUGUUGGUAGCAUGACAAAAAGUGGGGGAAAUGCCACAGUUUGUUGCCUUGAAACCUGUUCUAAAAGAAAUCCUUGGUUUUAUUGGUAGAUUAUUUUUCUGAACCAACAAAUCUACCAAGUAAAGUUCAUCCACUUAAAUGUCAUAAUAAAGUUGAUAGAGUCACUCAAUUUAUUUAUGUGGUUUGGCAAAACUAUACUGUUAUGCAGCUCCAAAUUUGCCUUGAUAAGCUAAAUUACUUUUACAGCUAAAAGCAAAAACAAAACAGUGAAACUUUCUUAAAUAUUCUAUCUGGAAUGGGGCUAGGGGCUAGGGGAUUCUUGAUUAUCUCAUCAGAUAAGUGAACUAUUCACAGAUAUUUUAUGUUUUUUAUUUUCUCUAAAGAUAUUUAUAGAAAUCCAAAGAAUUAAUGAGAAUAGCUUCAAAAUAAUUUUUAGUGAUCAAAGGGUGGUAUAAUUAAUCAUAUUACACUAAAAUUGGGAUAUAUUUAAGGGACUUUCUCAUACCAUAAGUAGGUUUUGCAUUCAUAUUUGUUUUUAAAGAAAUACUAGUUCUUUAUAUUUUGGCAGGAAGAACUUAAAUUUUAUCAAGAACUAUAAUGUAAAAUAAAUAUCUAGUGCUUAUAUAUUUUUUGUCCCUUGAAUUUAUGUGACAGUGCAAGGCACUUUUUUUCUAUUUUAAUUUACUAUAGACAACUUUCAUUGACAUUAAUAAAAGUUAGAAACAGUAUAAUUAAUCUCAUAUUUACUCUGAAUUUGAAAAUUUCAUGAAACAAAGUUUGUACAAGAAAGCUCACCUUUAGAAUUCUGAAAACCUGUUUCCUUGUUUGAUAGCUGUGCUUUUUAAACUUCUAUUAGCUUGUAGAUUUAAGUUGGGAAAAGAUUUAAUAAGUUAAUAUAAUUAAAUAUUUUCUAAAAUAGGUCAUCUUAUACCACAAAUGAUCAAACAGUCCUUACAGUAUAGCCAAUGACCUAUAAAUGAAAGUAACCCCCAAAUUAAGUCUUUAAGAGUUAAAUUUUAGCACAUACUUUGAAAUUGUAAUAUCUUUUACUACUUGAACAUUUAAAACUUUUAAAUGUGAAUGGUAGAUGACUAUAACCUUAGAAAAGGGAAAGCAUUUGGUUCUCAAAAAAAGUUAGCCUUCCACCUAAAAAUAGUACAAGCCCGCUUAUGAAUCACCAAGAAAAAGCAAAAAGCUUGAGUUGGCAAAGUCCCAGAGCAGCUGUGCAGAUGGCAAUGAACUCUCUCUCACUUUGUUUAGAAGAAUGCAGAGUAAAGGGAGCUGGGUUCCCCAGGAACUUCUCAAGGGAUGAGGAGAACAGAAUCCCUACCCCCAGCUGCUCUGUUUGUGUUGCUCAGAUGACCAGAGCUUAAGAGAAGGCAAAGUAUACAAGCAGGGUCAGUUCUGGUACAGGCAGAGAACUUGAGAGGGACAGUGGAGGAGUCUUCUUCAUGACCCCACUUUAUUUGUGAUGAUAAAACUAGACCUUUAUAACAGUGGUUCCAUUUUUUUCUUCUCAGAAUACCAAAGGCAGUUGAAGUCAGCUACAAAUGACUUGCCAGUGUUGUUUUAUUUUUGUUAUCGAUUUUUUAAUUAUUCCUCCAAGAUCCAUCCUUAUCCCAUAUUCUGCUUAGUUUCCAAGAGUAUUUACUUUUUUCUGUCCUUUACAGCCCUUUGCAUUUUGUAGACCUUAUUUCUCAGGUUAAAUACUCAUUGCAUUUAUAAGAUCUUCUGCAAGGAGCCCAGAAAUGCUCCUUUCCAGGUGCCUCCUCAAGGAGCUGACACCUCACCUUGUGCCUUUGGCACAAAUGUGCAGAAUAGAUAGAUCAGUUGGUACAUAAAAGAAAAAAAAUAGGAGUGUCAAAUACCCCUCUCCCUUCUACAUUUAUUUCUCAUCAAUUUAGAAUCACACUUUUUGGUUCAAACCAGAUUUUUUGUUUUUAAUGUAACCAGUAUAAAGUUGUUAAAACCAAGAGAAUGGGUCCCUAACCAAAAAGAAAUCUCAGAGCAGAAAAAUAAAUCCCCAGUUAGGAGGUUCUUACUUCUUGGUAGGUUGCACAUUUUAUGUCUCUCUAACACCAACGUAUUCCUGCUUGUGAGCAGAUGUUUGUAUGUAAAAGUAAAGUGUGGGUAUUGAAGGAAUAUAUUCUUUUUGUGGAUUAUUGACCCUAAUUCUCUAUAAUGUCAUUUAGGGCAACCCAGGGCUUCACUUGGUAGAUUUUAACCAAGUAGUUUGAAAUUUUGAUCAUCAUCCUCUCAUCUUCUCCACUCUUCAUUGCCAAAGUGUUUGUCAAACCUCCAGAUUUGCUGAAGAAAGAUUGUGCUUGCCAUUCUUGUUAUAAUGCAGUUUCUCCUUAAGCCUGGAUUUCUUUGAAUGAGGUCAUGAGUAAAUGAGAGAAUGAAUGAACAAACAUUUGUGAAGCACCUAAUACAUGCCAAGCGUUGUGCCUGGCACUUUCAAGCAUUAGAACAUUUUAUGUGAUUCCAGUGGCAUUUUCUGUAUGAGAGUAGUUCGUAUCAUUUUAAAUGUUGUCCAAUAUGAAUCGUGUUAUAAAAUCCUUAAUUUUAUAUUUCAUAUAAAUUAAAGAGGAAAAGGUUUAUAAUAUAUUUUAAACAAUGUGUUACUAUAUAAUACUACUAUAAUUGUAGUUAGUAACUAAAGUCUCUUGGAAAAUGUCAAAGAAAUAUUUGAUUUCUGAUGCAACUUUGACUAAAAUAUUUACUUUAGAAAUAAAAACAUUCUUAUUUUGCUAUAUCACUUUAAUUACAUAAUUAAAAAUCAAUGUUUUGUAGAAGUGCUGGUUAUUUUAUAUUCAAAAAGUUUUUGUCACAUAAUUCAUGAGUAAAACUUGUAGUUAUGAGUUGUCUUUGCUCUGGUGUGGGUCCUAUUGAUGGUCCCAUGCUGUUAAAUAUAAAGAAAAAUAUACUAAAAUAUUUCUAAGUUCCAAAUAAUAGUUCCUAGUAAUAAUAUUUUUAGUUCUUAUUUUCUUUUAGAUUUCUUACACUCAAAUUGGCUAGCCCUUAUCUUAUCCACUCUUUAUAUAGGUGUAUACAUAAAUACAAUUAUACACAGAGAUUUUUAAUGCUCUUUGUUAAUUAACAAACACAGUUGGUAACUGGUUUUGGCUUCACAAAUUAUAAGCAGAAUAUUUGAGUAAUCACAUGAUAUGGAGAUAUUUUAAUCCACUGUAUUUUGGUUCAAGAACAUUGGUGAAGAUGAUUUUUUAUUUGGCUCAUUCAGAUCAUUAUGGAGAUGCUCUUUUUGAUCUAUAAUCAGUCAGCAAGCUUUUCUGAAAGGGCAAGAUAAUAAAUAUUUCAGGCUAUGCGAGCUAUACAGUCUCUCAUAUUACUCAGUUCUGCUGUUAGAGUGUGAAAGCAGCUAUUGACAAUAUGUAAAUGAAUGGGUGUAGCUGUGGCCCAGUAAAACUAUAUAUAAAAACAGAUGGAGGGCUGAAUUUGUCCCACAGGUCAUAGUUGUUGACCCUAUCCCCAAGUUUAAUUUGUAUAAGACCCUCUAACCUUUGAUCCAUAUCUUUUCUGUUUUUUGAUUUACGUAAUUCAUUUUUAAAGCAAAAAGAUGUUCAUAUGUAUGUAUUUGUAUAACCUAAAGCUAUAUAUUUUGUUGUCUUGAAAGAAAGUAGAUAGACUUUUCCUGGAGUCUGCUCAGGUUUCAGGAUGAUAUGACUGUUAUGAAAGAUGGUGUGUUGAGGGGAGGUGUAUAUGCUCUCAGCCGUUAUCCUCGCCUUGUCGUUUGAUGCCCUAAUUCCAGAUUCCCCAUGUAAAACAAAGGUGUGUGUGGUCUCAGACAUUAUAUUCUCUCCACGUUCUGCCUGCCCAUUGAUCCUUGGACCAGGACUCUGGAUUGCUGGAGCUGCAGAAAUUCAUCCACUUGGGUACUUUUAGAGCUCUGUGACAAGAAUAUGAAAGAAUUUGUGAUCUUUGUGUUGCAGAACCCAAUCUUCUGAAAAAUUCUAAGCAAAAGAAAAUGGGUUAUGUGCCUCAUUUGCCAUUUUGCAGCCACUAUUCCUUUUGCCUCCAGGCAGCCACUGUAGAACGGUACAAUCCCUGUUACUUCUAGAACAUCCUAAGGCUGAGGAAUGAAGACAAAGAUACGUCCAAAAGGGGAGUGAGUUCCCUUUCUCUUUUCUUUGAUCAUUCUCCUCAAUUCCUUUAAAAGUCAAUAGCAUUAUUUCAGAAUGUCAGUAUGCAUCAUUUUUCAAUUAAAGCAUACCUCAGCCUUACACUUUCACUACUUAACAACUAAUCCAUUUCAAACUUGGUUUUAGCCCAGCAAUUACAGAACUCAUAAAAUUGCCCAUGAAGUUAAAUAACAGCAUAUUACUAGCAUAUACAUUGCAGUGUACCAGUCUUUCUGACAGAUAAUAGAUUUUUCACUAAGAAGUUUAUCAAAUAUUUCACUAUUUUUGGAAAAUCUAAAGGAGGGGAAGCCUAUACUCAGAAUGAUAGAGGAAAUGGAGAUUGUCUCUUCCACAUUAUAUGAGCUGUCGUUCUAGGUCCAACGUACUAUAAGGUUGCCUCAGCUCAGUGUGAAUGUAAGUGUGAGUACUCAAGCACAUAUACCCACAUACAUGCAUAUUAAUGUGCAGAAGAUUUUAAGCAUAAUUACAAAUUUCUUGCAGCUGUUUGAAUGCUACAGAAGUCUACUGCAAGUUGUAUACCAGAAAACCUCAUGAAGAUAAGCUUAGCUCUUUUUUGGGAAAAAUUAUUUUUUUUAGAAAAUUUAGAAUUUUUUGCUGAAUUAAUUAAGUAAAGUAUCCCGAAUUUUAAUUGCUGGAUUUGGAAGUUGAAAUGCCAUUCUUCAAUCUCGCUGGUCUCAAAUUCACUUAUAAAAAUUUUUCCCUAAACUAAUACGUCAGGUAAAAUAUAACCUCCCAAAUUGGUACCCACUGGCUGCUCCUGAACUGGUUUCUAGUCAUGUCCUCCAUUAUGUGAUUUUUACAAAUUAAAGGUAAUAUUGUAUACUAAAGAUCAAAUAAAGAUGUUCUUUAAGUGAAA